AUGGGUCCAGAUCAAGUUGCACGUCUCCUGAGACAAUCCAUUCUAACGAGCAUGGUCAGCUCCACGGCCCCAGACAGUUCCGAUGUUGCCAGUUCUCUCGAGGGCAGUAGUCACUUUACGCAAGACACACACAGCAUCUCCUCCGGACCACAUUCCAUCAGCCCCACAGUGGCAUCAACUAUCACCUGCGCGGUCUUUCCUCUACGAUUGGUCGUGGCAAGGGCAGCGGUGGGCCACCCAGCCGACCUUGCCGCAAUUCUAGCGCAGCAAGAGGAACUCAUCAAAAACCAACGAUUUAUCGGUCCCUCUUGUAUCAUUCCCAGUGGGGCGCUGGACGAAUCUCUGGACCACCUGAUUCGUCUGAUGCUGCCGGUGUCUGAGCUCGAGGCCCUGUGUGCAUUCCAGUCCGAGGAACUCUGCGAUGAACAGAGUGCACAAAACUUCAGUGCGACCGGUGGUUUGGAGUCCACUGAUGCCACAGAAUCUCUCAGCACUCAGCCGAUGGCUGACACGAUGAUGAACGACCUCGUGGAAACUGAACCACCUACGUGUACUUCUCCGCCUUUGCUUGAUGACCAAAGGCGGACUUCGGCGGCGACCAACUUGCAAGUAAGGUUUCCUUUUCGGCUACAUAUUCACUUGCACUUCCGUAAUAGGUUUCUGUUUGGAAAGGGCUCACUUAUGACUGGCACAGAAAGCAGAUUGCACAACUGGUUUGCAUGCUCACUAGAAACAGGUACAGGUGAACCGUUUGUCCUAACAAUGUGUUCCUUAUCACGCAUUCGCUGUUCCGUCGAUUCGAGGCACACAAAAUUGGCUCUUUGA